CACCUCGCCGUAGUCCUCCUCCUCAAAGCGGGAGCGGAGACACGCAGCAGCGCCAGAGCCGUGCGCCUCUCAGGGGGAAAGUGAUUAUCCCAGCGGACCUGGUCGGAUGUUUGAGACUAUUGGAAAGACCACUGAAGCCUAUUUUCUUUUUGAAUUCAACCUGUAACCAGCCCGGAUACUUGCAGGAUCUGUGAGGCUCUACUGUAACCAUGGGGGACGUGGUUUCCUCUCACCUGGAUGAGAGCAGGCGGGAGAUGAUUACAGCUCGGACCAGAGAUGUGAUGAAGGAGUUUGGCGACGUGUACGAGCAGCAGUACGCAGUCGCCCUCUUCAAUAGCGUCCGCUUUGAGAUAGAGGGAGGAGGAGGAACACAGUCACAGCUGCUUCACAGAAAGGACCCUCUGGCAGGCCGGUCCAUCUUCUCAGGGUGUCUGUUUCAGUAUCUGGAGGAGAAUCGGAAAUGGAGGAAUCGCUUUGUAUCCGUGCCAAACAGCUACGACAUCAGCCUCUAUGAGAGCAAAACAGCACAUGAACGGGGCCUCCACCCAAAGGCAACCAUCAACUGCGCCGGAUACAAGGCCCUUGACUCAUUAGAGGAAUACAUGGAGCUGAUAAAUACCAGCCUGCCAGGUAUCAAGGCCAAAGUGAGCAGUCAUCCGUUUAUCAAGUGUGCGACCCAGUACCCCCUCAUCCUGUGGCACCCGUACGCCCGCCACCACUACUUCUGUGUGAUGACAGAGAAGGAGCAGAAGAAGUGGCACGCCGUGCUGCAGGACUGUGUCAGACACAGUAACAAUGGUCUGCCAGAGGACUGCACUGUUAAAACACCAGCCUUCACUGAUACUGUGAGACAUCACAGACAAGCCAAAGGACACUAUGGGACCUGGGAUAUGAUGUGUGGAGCACCCCCACAGAUUUUGGCAAAUCUGGUGAUGGAGACCCUCCACCCGGAGCUGAGAAACAUUAUUGGUCCUCGUCUGAGGGGGAAAAUGCAGCAGAGGCAGCGACACUGGAUGUUGAUCUCUGAUGCAGUGUACAAGCAGGUGUUGUCUCAGACCACCGGCCAGUAUGAAGCACUGGUCGAAGCCUGUGAGGCCCAGAAAGCUCCACUGGAUGCCAGACUGCGAACAGACAUGGACCAGAUCAUCACGUCUAAGGAGCAUGUCAGUGGCAAGAUACGAGCCCUGGUGUUACCCAAGGCGGAGCAGCUCCUACGGACCAACGUCCAGCCCUACAUCAGCUCCAUACUGGAGGCCCUGAUGGAGCCCACCAGCCGAGGUUUCUCCGAGGUCAGGGACGUUUUCUUCAGGGAGCUGGUGGAGAUGAGCAAGAACUCGCUAAACGGAGGGGGCAAAGAAAAACUGGGAGAUCACAUGGACAGGCUGUCCAUGCUCGCCUUCCACCCGGUGAAGAUGCAGAGCUGCUACGAGAAGGUGGAGCAGCUCAAUCUGGAGGGGCUGCAGCAGAGGUUCGACGUCGCCAGCCCCUCUGUGUUCGUCAGCAGGGCUCAGAUUCUCAUGAGGGAGCAAAUGGACAACGCAGUGUACACAUUCGAGCAACUGUUCAACCAGUCUAUAGAGAACCAGGGAGAGGACGACUUGUGCAAGAACAUCCAGCGAUGCCAGGACAGGGUUCUCAAGAAAUAUGAUUACGACAGCAGCACAGUGCGCAAGAAGUUCUUCAGAGAGGCUCUGCUGCAGAUCACCAUCCCGUACAUGCUGCAGCAGCUCUCGCCAUCCUGCUCACCUGAGCUGCCUCGCUUUAAAGAGCUCAUCUUUGAGGACUUCUCCCGUUUCCUGCUGGUGGAAAAUAUGUUUGAGGAGGUGGUGCUGCAGUCUGUCUCCAAGGACAUAAUGAUGGCUGUGAAGGAGGCAGCUGUCCAGAGGAGACACAAUCUCUACAGGGACAGCAUCAUUCUGACCAACAGUGACCCAAACUUGCACCUGCUCGGAGAAACCCCCGGAGUGGACUGGGCUGCUAAGUUUGGGGCUGAUGAGACAGAGGGCUCUGUCGGUGGUGGCGGUAUUGACGGAGGAGGUUCUGGGAGCAGACGCAAGCAGGUGGUGUCCAUGAUCCAGCUGGACGGGAUGCCUCUGCCCUUCGAGUCCUGCCUGGAGGUCCCAGGUGUGGAGCUCAUCCCUGAGGAGGAUGCUGAGGUGACCGAGGGCAUAGAGGAGGAUGGCGGGGAGGAUGAGGAGGACUCUGACCUGCCAAAGGAACCCAUGUCUCCUGACAGUGUGGAUGAAAUCAGGGACCUGAUUAACCCUGUGGUGGAGGUGGCGCUUCCAGUUGCAGAGGAGAGUGAGGAAACCAACAGGACGGAGGAGACUACAGGCACCCUUACCACAGAGGACGGGGUGCAGGAGGAUGUGACGCACGUCACCACCAUCGUGAACGUCCCCAGGAAAUCUGUGCGAGACAAGACGUCCACAAAAGCAAUGCUGGAGCAGCUGGUGGGAAGCAAAAAGCAGGAAGCUGAUAAGGAGCAUCAGGAGGAGGCAGCCAUCAAGAACGCCAUUGAGGAGAUAGAGACGGCGGAGAAAGAAGACGACAGUGAACGGAUUGCUGAAGUCUCUGCAACAGAAUCAGAUGAGUCAUCGCUGCCACAACUGGCUACAGACUCCGGCUCGCGUAACGACAGCGGCUUCCAGUCGCCGACCAAUGAGGGGCUGGAUGAAAGUGAGCCUCAGCCAAUUACAAAUGGUCUGAACGGAGAGGACAAAAUUAUCGACCCUGCAGAUGUGGAAGUGUCAGUAGCGUAGGAGGAUAAUCGUCUGAACAGAACUCUGAAACUGGAGACGGAAACAGCAGGUUGUGCGUCACAUGUAAUGGGAGAGAGUGAAUUAAGACUGUAUUGUUGUUGAUAUUGCACACUCUAAAACCAACUCUCCCGUCCUCCCCUUGACUUUUUUCUUUGGUGGUUGGUUCCUUUCUACACAGCUUAGUGAAUCUCAAUGCAAAGCUUUGUCAUAUUUUGUGUAUGACACUAAUUAAAACAUACCUUCAUGCUAUGUUAAUAUGCUGAUCUCAAGGAUUUAAAGGAGUAAUCCGCUUUUUUAAACUCACAAAAUAAGGGAGAAAGUCUAAACAAGAACGUCAUCUAAGUUAUUAAUGUUUUCCAUUUGUGUUAAAGGUUUGUUUACAUCAGUAAAGUCUGUAAACACAGCAGGAAAUCAGGCCUUUUUUUAAUGUAUGGCUUCAAUGAUUCACAGCCUCUACCUGGGCAGCAGGGGGUGCUACAGUACAACCAGCCUUUAGAUGUUGUACGGGGGUUGUGUAUUUUCACUACUAUUUUUUUUGAUAUACCGGUAUCUAUUUUUGUAAAAUGUAACUUCCAUAUGUAGUUUGUUUACUUGGAAAGCUUCUCCGGUAUUCACAAAUGGCCUUUAUGUUUCAACACACGAUGUUUUAGCACAAUCUGUCAGGAAUGAUUUGCACUUCCACUGUGAUUUAAUGAGUAAGAUGGUUUCAUCUCUUUUGAAAAAAAAAAAAAAAAAAAAAAAAACACCAAAACUUA